GGGGGGCUGCCGCCCCUCGUCCGGGGGUCGGGAGGGGGGUGGCAUGUGUUCCUGAGAGAAAGCUGUUUGCUUUUGAGGGGAAUUCUACCAUCAGGGAAGUUUUUUAGGAAAUCAUUGCUUCCACUUAAAAAACCUUCCCACUUCCUGAGAAGAGACCGAAAGCAGGCAGGGAAGCCCUGUAAGCCCCCCCACUGCCCUGUCCCGCCCCACCUUCCAGAACCAUCCCCGUGUGCGUCUGGUCCGUGGCACGAAGGCGUGCAGACAGACCACCGCCCUGCGGUACCCCUGAGGCCGCGCUCCCAUGUCACACGGCGUGCUUCUGUCCUGUGUCCCCAGGUGACAGGGUCUCAGCUUAAACUCCCAGAGCCAUCCCCGGGAGGCCCCAGGUAAAAAGCGACAGCAGGGCACUGGCGGGCUGUGUUUCUCCUCGCCCCGGGAUUGCUGUCCGGGGCGUAGCCUUAGCCGCGGGUGAAUAAGGAGCCGGGGAAAUCAGGCGACCCACAGGAGGGGCUGCGGUGGCCCCCGUCUGGCUGGACAUAACCCCCACCCUGUCUCCUCAAGCGGAAGGGAGUCUGCAGGUUGAAGACAGACCUCGAACGAGGAAGUAUCUAAGCCGCGUCGUCGGAGGAGCAGAAGGUGGCCCACAGGGGAUUCUUGUCCCUUGACCUGUCCCCAGAGGGGCCUGAGAGCGGCCAGGUUUGCAGCGCGACCCCCCGGGCAGAUCUCGGGGGAGGCCGGGGACGCCGCGAAUCUCCGGUCCCCCGUCCCCGCGGCUGACCGCAGCGCCCUGCCCGGGGCCACUCUGCAGAGGCCUCUCCGGGGAGCACGGGCCAGGCACGGGCCACCAUGUCCAACCCCUUCCUGAAGCAAGUUUUCAACAAGGACAAGACUUUCCGGCCCAAGCGCAAGUUCGAGCCGGGCACCCAGCGGUUCGAGCUGCACAAGAAGGCGCAGGCGUCGCUGAACGCGGGGCUCGACCUGAAGCUGGCCGUGCAGCUGCCCCCCGAGGAGCUCAGCGACUGGGUGGCCGUGCACGGUGACUUCUUCAACCGCGUCAACCUCAUCUACGGCACCAUCGGCGACGAGUGCACGGAGCAGUCCUGCCCGGUCAUGUCCGGCGGCCCCAAGUACGAGUACCGCUGGCAAGACGAGCACCAGUUCCGCAAGCCCACGGCGCUGUCGGCCCCCCGCUACAUGGACCUGCUCAUGGACUGGAUCGAGGUGCAGAUCAACAACGAGGAGCUCUUUCCACCCACGUGGGUGAGCACGCCGUUCCCCAAGAACUUCCUGCAGGUAGUGAGGAAGAUCCUGUCGCGACUGUUCCGCGUGUUCGUGCACGUCUACAUCCACCACUUCGACCGCAUCGCGCAGAUGGGCUCCGAGGCGCACGUCAACACCUGCUACAAGCACUUUUACUACUUCGUCAAGGAGUUCGGCCUCAUCGACACCAAGGAGCUCGAGCCGCUGAAAGAAAUGACUGCACGGAUGUGCCACUGAGCGCCGCUCGGCCCUGCGGCCACCGAGGCAGUGCCCAGGGGACACUCUAGCCUGAGGGCCACGUCUCCGGAACAUGGGCCCGUGCUUUCUAGAAAGCCCAGCAAGUGAUCGGAGCUCCAUGCUGUCGCGGCUACGCUGAGCGCCGGGGUCGAGUCCUCCCCGGUCCCAGAUGCAGCAGCCGUGGGUCUGGCCACCCUGAGCCCGUCUCCCCUCGGCCGGCAUUGAACUCGGACUCCGUGGCUGUAUGUGUCGGGCACCUGGGAAAACCCACUGUGUUUGUAAAGCACUUGCGUUUGCCCAGUGGGCCCGCACGGACCUGUGCCCUGCGGGCAGCCGGCGCCUGGGAGCCCCGUGUCUGCUUCACGACAGGUACGACAGGGACCCCACAGCCUGCCUCCCGGCCCCCCCGGGCCCCUUCGUGGAUCAUGAAAGAUACGAUUUUUCUUUUCCUACACGUGAGGCUGCCUUCCCCUUUAGAAGAAUAUCCCCUCUCCCGUGUGGACAACACAGGAUGAGUCCCCUGGAACCGCUCUCCUGGGCGGGAUCUUUGAGUCUUGCCAGAUGUUAGCUGUGGCCCUGUGUGGCUGUGGGAUCCGAAUCCCACCACUGUCUCCCACGGGCCCUGGGAGGGGUGGCCAGGGCCCCGUCGGGGGCUGCACCGAAGUGACCACGGGAAGCCCCGUUCUGCCCCGAGUUCGUGCCUCUGCUGCCCUACACAUCCUCCGUGGCCUCUCGCCGUGGCUGCCCUUCCAGUGUGGACCGUGCCAACUCAGUACCUCUGGGUGUCUGGGAUGCUCGUAGACGUGAGGGGCACCGUCACCCAACACCGAACAAGUGCAAUUAACAUGAGCUCGGGCCUCGGUCCUUCCGGAAGCCUCCGGGGCCCGGCUCAGGGGGGGGGGCCUGGCAAGACAGCCUCCCAGGACGAGGAAACUGUCCAGUCGAAUGUCGCCCCUUCACAUGCAAGACCACAGCCCAAACCGCAGAACCACUGUGCGCCCCAGGGUUUCCCAGCUGCUCCCGCCGUGCGGCCAGGCCGGGGACGGUGGCAGGGACCCUCUGCAUCCUCCCGACCACGGGUGUUCCCACCCGAAGCAUCAGAAUAAAUUGUGCACAUUUUGUA